CCCGCCGCGCCCCCUCCCUGUUGGGGAGGGUUCCGGAGUGUCCGCGGAGGUCGGCGGGUCGCGGAGUGGUGGCUACCCGAGCCUUUUUACCCCCCCUCUCCAUUUGUCCUUUUAUGGGCCAGAACCCGCCAUCACUUCAGAACCUAGACAGCGAUGACGUUUGCGGAGGAAAAGACUUACGAGUAUAUCCGCUACCAUUACAGCAGUUUUGUCGACCGCAUUCAUGUUCUGGAGAUACUGCCUUACCUGUCCUGCCUCACCACAAGUGACCAGGACCGACUGCGGGCCUCUUGCCAGCUCUCUGGGAACCAGGGCACCCUCUGGGAGCUCUUCAACAGCCUUCGGCGGCGGAUCGGCUGGGUGGAGUCCCUCAUCAGUGCACUGAGGGCCUGUGAGCUGGUGGAUCUUGCUGACGAAGUAGCUCGCAUCUACCACAGCAACCUGCCCGGGGUCCGGAACCGGCCUCCAGCCCCAGUGGAGCCACAGUUAGUUCCUGCUGAGGUUCCACGGUCCUCUAAACCUGCUGUGGCCCCCAGGGCCCCCCACAACGGCUACAGAGAGGAGGAGCCAAGUCCAAGUUUCCCCUUGCCAGUCCAGGACACCCAGCCAUCAGAGUUCCCGGAAGAGAGUUCAAAGAAAGUCCCACCGAUGCCCCAUUCUGGGGAUGUCCUGAGGAGGCCCGCUGGUUCCCUGGAGUCCUCCUCUGACAUGGCGGCCUUCAACCCUCUGACCUCCAGUGGACAUCAAGAGCAGGACACAGAACUAGGCAGUGCCCACACACCAGGCACGGCCUCCAGCCUCCCCUCAUCCCGUGGGCCUGUGUCUCCAUCUGUCUCCUUUCAGCCCCUGAGCCGUUCCACCCACAGGGCGAGCCGUUUGCCUGCACCUUCCGCGUCAGCGCCAUCUGCUGGCACCUCCUCCUCAUCCAUGGGCUUGGCCUGUGCGGGGGGCGCUGGUGACCACCGUGAGGCCGGCAUCUGCUCCACGGGGCCUGGGGUGUCCACAAGCUCACUGACCACCAGCAUUGCGUCCUCCAGGGUUCCUGCCAGCUCAGCACUUGACAGAGCAGUGCCUUCCAAGUUGCCUGCCAGCUCAAAACCCUCCGGGGCAGUAGCCACUAAUGUGCUCACAAGUCUGCCACCGUCCAAACUACCCAUCAACUCAGUGCGUGUUGGCACAGCAGCACCCAGAGUGCCUACAGGCUUGGUGCCCGAGCCCAGGAUGUCCACAAGCACGGUGCCCAGCAAGGCGCCCGCCAGCACUGUGCCCACCGUCAGGAGCCACACACCCUCAGGGGAGACUGCAGGAGCUCCAGGGCCCACCAUCUCCACCAGAGACAGCUUGCCCGAACCAAACCCCAGCUCUUCUGGCUGGGAGUCCGAGUUGGAGCUGAGCAAGCCAGGCUGUCUGGCCUCCCGGGUAGACAGUGAGCCAUUCUCGGGCUGCUCUGCGGACCUGGCCCUCAGCUACAGCAAGUCGUUGGACGCGGGGCCUGACAAUGCCCCAGAGGAGAACGAGUACCAGUCGGUAGAUUCCAUAAGGAUCCAAGUGACCCAGGACCCCAGCGUUGACCUGCUGGAGGGUAAUCCUGGGCCGCGUGCCACCCCGGAGCCCCUGGAGGAGGAGGAUUACAUCCAGGCAGCCAUCUCUGGAACCCCAGGAGCCACUUCCAUUCCUGUGCUCUGCAAGAGACAAAAGCUAGCUCCUGGGGAGGUACCCCCAAACUGUCAGCUGGGUAGCUUUGGAAAAGAUUAUCUCAAGAAAGCAAUGUAUAGUCCCAAAGGAUGCUACUUUGUUGGUGGAAUUUCAAACAGUGACCAGCCGUGUGGGAGACACCUUUCGGUAAGGAACAAUUACUCCUUGGAGAAAUGUCUGAUUCAAGAUCUGGACAGGAGAUUUCUAGAGUUGAGGCUGGAACCUCUCAUCAUAUCAGAGAACAAGAAAGCUGUGCAAUGUCACCAAUAGUUGCUGAAUCCAGGAGGUAAAAAGCUGAUGGAGAACUUUAUAAUGGAUGGACCAAUCUGAUGUUCCCUGAACCAAAUGACCAAUCUUAACAUCUCAAAAAGAGGUAAUAAUGCAAGUAAGUAGUGAAUGUUAUGAACUAGGAUUUUCCUGUUCUGAUGAGACAAAUAAGAAAUAAAUAGCACCACCAAUGAUGAAUUGUUUUAAAUAAAGCAAACCUGAAUCUAAUCAAGACUUUA